CAAGCUAUGAUGCUCAUUUUGCUAGCUGUAAUGCUUCAGAUGCCAAAAUACGAGCGCCAGGAUGGGAUAAUACCGAGGUCAAAUGGCUCCGAUCAGAGUUUGGUUGGCGUAGUGGCGUUUGCAUACCAGCAUCCUCUGCAGAUCACCGCGCCCACCACCUAUGUCUGUCUCCCUGGCCAACCGCUUAGGGAAAGACUGAGAGCGACGCAGGAAGCAACAGCGUUGUCCCGACCGACAAGCCCUCUCGACAAGAAACACGCUCAGGUCGGUUAAUGAGCCGAUAAAGAUGCGGGACCGAUACGUCACUCAUGAUGCAUGAUGCUCGAGUACAUAGUGGACGACGCGUUCUGUGGGGCCCGAAACGUCAGAGGCCUACUGCGGCUGUCGUCCCUGUUUACCACAUCACACUAUGCCAGAUUGACUCCCGGCAUCAGGGACGCUUGAAUAUCGCGGGUGGCCUUGAUCGUUACUGCAAUACUCGCGGGGAUAGACGCUAACAAGUACUUGUGACCUCUAGUUUAGGGACGACGGUGUAGUAGCUGCCGAGGACCCGCACUGCGCAAUGUCAACG